AUGACGGUGGAGGAGUCGCCCCUGGCGUCAGCGGCGCAGCAGCUGCGACGCGACGUGCAACUCUUCCACGACAUCUUGCUAGGGGAGGAGGGCGAUGUGGACGGCGUGGUGCUGGCCAGCAAGCUGACGCUGGCCGGGUACCGCGUCAGCGUGCGGCAAGCGCUGGGCGGCGGCCAGGGCACCGCCGUCUUCUCCAACCUGCGCCACUCCUUCCUGCUGGUCACCGUGCCCCAGGGCUGCCCCUGCGCAGGAGUAGACUUCAUCGUUGAGCCCCACUUCCGGGAGCAGUUUGAGAUCAGCCAGCCCACUGCGCGGUACAGCGGCCUGCUGUCCAUGGUGCCCGCCGUGUUUGUGGGGACGUCGGUGGAGCUGACCCCGCUGGUGCAGCUGCUGUGCUCCGAGAUGACGCUGGCCUUUGAGCAGCACGGCCUCAGCCUGCCGCCCUGGCGCCAGAGCAAGAGCCUGCUCAGCAAGUGGCUGCCCUCCAAGGUGCGCGACUACGACCUGUCGCCCUACGCCUCGCCCCGCGCCGCCUCCCCAGAGCUCUCCUUCCCCCUCACCUGCUUCGCGGGGGGCCCCGGCAGCAGCCACCCCGUCAGCGAGAGCGCGUCGGGCACCAUCACGCCGGCCUUCUCGAGCGGCGAGGACGCGUCGCCGCGCGCCGUGCUGCGUGGCGCCUCGGCCCUGCUGCUAGGCGAGCAGCAAGCGGUGGGCCCCGCCGUCGAGGGCCAGGCCGCCGGGCCGCCCCCGCUGCAGCGCAAGUCGCUGCUCAGCUCCAGCCUGGCCGCCACCGGCCGCGGCGGCAGCGCCUCGCCGGAGCAGCAGCAGCAAGGCCCCAGCAGCGGCGGCAAGGUGGCCGCCCCGCCCGUGCCAGAGCCGCAGGCAGGUGGCGGAGCCACCAUCCGCCACCAUCGCGGCGGCAGCGUGUCGUACCGCGUCAGCAACGAGUGGCAGCAGCCCGCCAUUCGCACAGUCAAGAUGCAGGGCCAGGCACCGGCACCAUCCCCAGCCGACGCCGUGUGCAACAAGUAG